UAUUGUUAGCUGCAAUAAGUUAAUAUUGCUUGAGUGAGAGAAAAAACAUGAAAAAAAAAAGAAGGAAAGAAUUGUUUACGAACCGCAUAGUGCGUGCGUGGCUGGGAAGAGGUUAAUUAUCAAGAUUGGCAUGUCGGUUUACUCGGCAUAUCUUCUACCAACUAAUCGAGGUUAUCCCACUGCCCCUGUUUCACUCUGAACAAUUCACCCCCGCGACUCUCCUUGACCACCCAUACUCGACACUGGCGUCUCGUGGUCUGCGGUGCUGCCACCAAUAGCUUCCUUCGAAAAUCAGGAACAUGGCGCGUGAGGGUGAAGGGGGUAGUGGCAGUUUAGAAGCGAGGACAGCAUGUUCACGCGAAGGAAUCAUAUCAAUCGUGAUAUCUGUAUUCUUCACAACACUAAUCUAUCCCUAUUAAUCUUGAAUUGCAUUAUGAAUUUUUCCGCUAUGUUAUUCUCAAUUAUUCAUUGGAUUGGUUUACCGUAAUGGCGGACUUAUUCACCCCAACGUGUUUCCAUUUGCACAAUAUGUGAAAUUGUAACCGUGGCUUGGUGCUAACAGGAUUUUCUUCCGUUCGAUUGAACUUCGGUGAUACUCCCUGUGCGUCGGUCUCGAUUCGCGUCUCACCCUAGUCAAUCUCCAUCUCUUUCGCUCGAUGCGCGGUAAGCGUGUCGUCAUCACCCACCCUUUCCCAAUUUCCGUACCUCGUUACAUCGCACCCUGUAUAAGUGGUGCUGCCACCGUGCGGCGCGAUACAGGGCGUAUCACCGGAACAGUGGGACGCGGAGGGUGUUGCGUCGCAUCUUGUCGAGUGAGUCGGCACGAUCGCGGGACAGAAGUAGGAUCGCGUCCUCCAGUAUCAGUGCACGUUGUCGUGCGCGUCAUUUCCCCUCCUGUCACGAGGGUCACUUCUCCCUGGUGCUCCCUUUCCCUUGUCCUUGAGCGCGACUUAACCCCUUCCGGAAAUCGGCGGAGUGGCGUGUGCGAGUCAGGAUAAAAGGAAUAGACAAUCGCUUAGUAGUGACGCGUGCAUGAGGCCGGGGAAGCCGGCGUGCCGGGUUCCGUCCCGGCUACGCGGCGGUAAGUUCUCGGGCCCUUCGUCGCAGUCAUUUUCCCUGCGUUCGCAGAGCGCGCCGCGAAUCGGUGAUCGCAAAGCCGAGAGGAAAAAGGCUGCCGAGAGGAAAAGGUUGGCAUUUACCGAGGGCGAGCGGAAGGUGCGCGGGAUCGUCGGCAGGGGCAGCCACGGAGGUCGGAGAAGUGGAGUCAUCGCGGGUGGCGAUCAUCGCGGGUUUGAAUGGGUGGGCCGGGCGCCGGUAGGGUUACCAGGCACGAGCUGAACGCGGUGCCCCAGAGCCACGUCGGUCACGGGGAACGUGUCCUUGGCGAGCCACCAGCAUCAGGCUGCCGCUGUCAUCCCUCGGAGCGAUUGUCCGCCGGUGCCGUCCGUUCCUCCGCCCAACUGCCACCCUCGCCACCGCCGCUUACCUCUUUACAUAUCGGCAACAACAACGGCACUGUGUGCGCUGUCAUCAGCGCUAACAACAUCAUCACCACCACCACUGCAAAACAGAGUGAUAGAAAAGCUAAAAAGGCGGCCGCCAUGUCUUCACCGCCGAAACAUCGUAGGGGCUUCGACCCCAACGACCCAUCGGAAUUUCACCGCUAUCGUCGUGUUAAGACGAAGCAGCGAUCGCUGCCGAAACUCAGCAGCCAGGACGAGGAUGGAACGAAUCCUCACACCCAAUACACAGGCGUCACACAUUUCGAGCCCAUACCGCACGAUCAUGAUUUCUGCGAGAGGGUCGUCAUCAACGUGAGCGGGCUACGGUUUGAGACACAACUGCGUACGCUGAACCAAUUUCCGGACACGCUGCUCGGCGAUCCGACACGGCGGCUCCGAUACUUCGAUCCGCUACGCAACGAAUACUUCUUCGAUCGGAAUCGACCUUCCUUCGAUGCUAUACUCUACUACUAUCAGAGCGGCGGCCGCCUACGCCGCCCGGUCAACGUCCCGCUCGAUGUCUUUUCCGAAGAGAUCAAGUUCUACGAGCUGGGCGAGAUGGCGACUAAUAAGUUCAGGGAAGACGAAGGCUUCAUCAAGGAGGAGGAAAAGCCGCUGCCGUCGCACGAGUUUCAGAGGAAGGUUUGGUUGUUGUUUGAGUAUCCGGAGAGUUCGCAAGGCGCCCGGGUGGUCGCCAUAAUCUCCGUGUUCGUGAUCCUCCUAUCGAUCGUGAUCUUCUGCCUGGAGACGCUGCCCGAGUUCAAGCAUUACAAAGUCUUCAAUACGACGACAAACGGCACGAAGAUCGAGGAGGACGAAGUGCCGGAUAUCACGGACCCGUUCUUCCUAAUAGAGACUAUUUGUAUCAUCUGGUUCACAUUCGAGUUAAUAGUGCGCUUCCUCGCCUGCCCAAACAAAUUCAACUUCUUCCGUGACGUAAUGAACAUCAUCGAUAUCAUCGCGAUCAUUCCGUACUUCAUCACCCUCGCCACGGUAGUGGCCGAGGAGGAGAACCCGCUGGAUGUACCUAAGGCGCCAGUAAGCCCGCAGGACAAGAGUACGAACCAAGCAAUGUCCCUGGCGAUACUCAGGGUGAUCAGGCUAGUCAGAGUGUUCCGGAUAUUCAAGUUAUCUAGGCAUAGUAAAGGCCUCCAAAUCCUCGGGCGGACUCUCAAGGCCUCCAUGAGGGAACUCGGAUUGCUCAUCUUUUUCCUCUUCAUCGGUGUGGUGCUGUUCUCGUCAGCAGUCUACUUCGCGGAGGCCGGCACGCAGGACAGCUUCUUCAAAUCGAUACCGGACGCGUUCUGGUGGGCGGUGGUCACGAUGACGACCGUGGGCUACGGCGAUAUGAGGCCCGUGGGAGUCUGGGGAAAGAUUGUGGGCUCAUUAUGCGCGAUUGCCGGUGUCUUGACGAUCGCUCUACCUGUCCCCGUUAUCGUCUCCAACUUCAACUACUUCUAUCAUCGUGAGACUGACCAGGAGGAAAUGCAGUCGCAAAACUUCAAUCAUGUGACCAGCUGCCCGUACCUUCCUGGCACUUUAGGUCUGAAGAAAAUCUCGAUGUCGGAAUCCUCGUCGGAUAUAAUGGAACUGGAGGAGGGCACCUUGUUUACUCAUCCAGAGAUAACUAAGAAGUCAAAUUGCAACCCUCGCCACAAUAACAAUAUCAAUCCAGCCUGCAUGAGCAUCGAGACUGACGUUUGACUACUAGUGAAGGAGAUGGUGGUAGCGUGGUGGCCGUUGCUGGGCCAGUUGUCAAAGAACAACUGCUGUUCCCUGCGGUACCUGACGUAGGCCUCCUUCACACCUCGUCAUAGCCAUAACGGCUGGCACUAGCGUCACAUCUCGCCAGCCUGUCCAAUCAGAUCCGUCAGGGGCGCUUCAAGUCAAGAUCGCGAGGAAUCACGGAGGGUCACGUAACUAUCUGAGACGUCGAUUAGGUGCUUCCUCCAUCCGUGACGAGAAACGGGGAAGAAAGAUGGGAUAGACCCAAAAUGGGACGAAAUAAGAACGAAUCUCUCCCCGUUCUCGAGACGUCGUCAUCUCUCCCGCCACCGCCUCAGAAGACUUGCGCCUCAUAUAAGGAUCUACGUGCGAACGAAGGGGACGGGAUAUUCCUCGCUCGAGUGCCCUGCGAGCACGCGUGCGGCCCGAAUCCCCCACACCACCGACUCCAGUGUUCAAAACAAAAAAAAAUAAAAUAAAUAAAAAUAUAACAAAUGAUAUCGAAGAAACAUCGCGGCGUCUUCGUAUAAGCGCUGUCGAGUGUCCCACCCGUCCCUGCGGGCUCCUCCGGCUUCCGGUAUCAGACGAGUGAAAACGGAAAGGGGGAGCCGAUAGAGGCGGCAAAAGCAAAACGGGGGAUCGUACCAGAUAAUACUAUAUUAAUUAUUAUCGAUACAAUUAAUAUCGAGUACCGUACAUGUAGGGCGAGGAUAAAUUAACAAAGUACGUUUUAUGGUUAAUUGCGAGUGCGGACGAGGACACUUGGACGAAGACGCUGUUUGCAGAAGAAACGAAAACGGCGGAAACGGCAAAGAGGCACAUGAAAGAAGCGUCAACGACGAAAGACCGAGGAACAACGUUUAUAAAGAGAAAACGAGAGAGAGCGAGAGCUAGAAUAAGAGUGAGAGAAAGAGAGAAAGAGCGAGAAAAAGAGAGCGAGAGUCAGAGAGAGCGAAAGCGAGAGCGAGAGCGAGAGAGAGAGAGAGAGAGAGAGAGAGAGAGAGAGAGAGAGAGAGUGUGUGUGUGUGUGUAAUGUGCGUUGGAAAGAUAUUCCAUGUCGUUUUAAUUCUUUUUUUU